AUGGGUAUUCCAAAGUUCUUCCGCUUCAUGUCGGAGCGCUACCCGAUGAUUAGUCAACUUAUCGAGGACAACAAGAUCCCCGAGUUCGACAACCUCUACCUCGACAUGAACGGCAUCAUUCACAACUGCUCGCAUCCUAACGACAACGACGCCUCGUUCCGUAUCACAGAGACGCAAAUUUUCUUAGCUGUCUUUGCCUAUAUAGAGCAUCUUUUCAACAAGAUCAAACCCAGAAAGGUCUUCUUCCUUGCCGUCGAUGGUGUAGCUCCCCGAGCCAAGAUGAACCAACAGCGCUCUCGUCGUUUCCGAACCGCAAAGGAGGCAAAAGAAAUCAAGGAGAAGGCUGAAAGCCGAGGUGAGGUCUUACCCGAGGAAGAGGCUUUCGAUUCCAAUUGUAUCACUCCAGGCACUCCUUUCAUGGCCAAACUCUCGCAACAACUCGAAUACUUUAUCGCUAAGAAAAUCACCGAAGACGCCGAUUGGCGCAACGUGCAGGUCAUCCUUUCGGGACACGAUGUUCCAGGGGAGGGCGAGCACAAGAUCAUGGAGUACAUCCGUCUCUCCAAGGCGCAGCCCGACUACAACCCCAAUGUUCGUCACUGCCUUUACGGUCUCGAUGCCGACCUUAUAAUGCUGGGUCUUCUCAGCCAUGAUCCUCACUUCUGUUUGCUCCGAGAAGAGGUCCAAUUCGGCCCUCGUCGCAAGUCCAAGGGAAGCCUCGAAAUGCAAAACUUCUUCCUGCUCCACCUUUCGCUCUUCCGAGAGUACCUCGACCUCGAGUUCCAAGAUCUCCGCUCCUCUCUUCCUUUCCCCUACGACUUUGAGAGGAUUAUCGACGACUUCAUCCUGCUCAACAUUUUUGUCGGCAACGAUUUCCUACCCCAUCUUCCCGGUCUUCACAUUAACCAAGGAGCCAUGGAUCUUCUCUUCAAUAUAUACAAGCGAAUCCUUCCUGCGGCCGGUGGCUAUCUCAAUGAGAGUGGUACUCUCCGCACCGAUCGUCUUGAGCUCGUCCUCUCCGAGCUGCGUAACUUUGAGAUGGAGCAAUUUGAGCGCGACUACGGUGACACUACGACCCACAAGGCCAAGGUAUCCAAGAAGAAGAAAUCCAUCUCCCAAGCAAAAGCCAAGGGUGGCCUUGUUCUUACAGUAUCACAGCGUGGACUUUUAGACAAGGUGCAUGCUUUCGUUAAGGCUCAACGAAACGACCCUGUGAGCGCUCCCAAGGAGCUCUUGGUGCCGGCGGACCUUCCUAACAAGGACAGGAGAUUCCUCGAGGAUCUCGCUUCUAGCCUCAAGCUGCGUACGUCCUUCAACAAGGUUGAUCCCGCUUCCCAGAUCCCCGCAAUUACUCUAUCUUUCCCCGCCAUUGGCAUCGAAGACGGUGACAGUGAGGAAAGUCCUUCCGACGAGGACGCCGAUAAUUCGAAACAGAACUCAGACAAUGCUGCCACUGGCAACAAGGACACCAGUGCCAUCUCCGAAGCCGAUACGGCUGUUGAUCGCGUUCUCAUCCGCUACCUCAAGGCCAAAGUCGAUACUGCAAGUGACGACGAAGCUGACCCCGAGGAAGACUACAAGAAGCGCCUCGAGGCUCAGAUGACCGCGUGGAAACAAAGUUACUACAAGGAAAAGCUUGAAAUUGACUACAACAACGACGAGGCUAUGUCCAAGCUUGCCUUCCGCUACAUCGAGGGUCUUCAGUGGGUCCUCCACUACUACUACGAUGGUGUUGCCUCUUGGGGUUGGUUCUACGACUACCACUAUGCUCCCAAGAUCUCCGACCUCAAGAACGUCGGUCAGAUGAAGUUCGAAUUCACACUCGGCAAGCCAUUCCGUCCCUUCGACCAGCUCAUGGGCGUUCUUCCUGCGCUCAGUAGUCAACAUAUUCCCUCUGCCUUCCGCGACCUCAUGACCGAUCCCAACUCGCCCAUCAUUGACUUCUAUCCCACCAAUUUUGAAGCCGAUCUCAAUGGCAAGAAGCAGGAUUGGGAGGCUGUGGUCAAGAUUCCCUUCAUCGACGAGAAGCGUCUACUUGAAGCUCUUGACAAGCGCGAAGUGUACCUGGGCAUCGAGGAGCGCAAGCGCAAUGGGUUUGGUAAUAGUCGCGAGUUUACCUACAAUGAAAACGAGGAAAGCUUCUUUCCCUCAAGCCUUCCAGGCACUUUCCCCGACCUCGUUCACAAUCGCGCCAACGUCAAAAACUUUAACCUGCCAACACUCGAUGGUCUUCACCUCGUCAAGGGUCUCACCAAAGGCGUCGAGCUCGGUGCGCGUGCCUUGGCCGGUUUUCCAUCGCUCAAAACGCUGCCUCACUACGGUCGUCUUGGUCAUCACGGAGUGAACAUUUUUCAGGCAGAGUCCAAGGGCGUUAGCGUGGUCGUCACCAUCGAGAAUACUUACGAAGACGCCAAGACAGAGACGAUUGCUGCGGCCAUGAUUGGCAAUCGUGCUUUCCUCAAUUGGCCCUUUCUCACCGAAGGUCUUGUCGUCGGUGUCUCGGACAGACUUUUCCGAUACGAGAUGGGCAUGAUUGGUGGCCAACAGAAGGUAGUUGCCAAUCCACAUCAGGGCGCCAACCUAUCUGAAUUCCAUCGCAAGGCCGAGAGUACCGAGUUCCACUACAGCAAGCGACUGGGUGUGCUCAUCGGCGAUGUCGAUGUACUUGUCCACAUCCGUCCGCUCAAGGGACUCAAGCGUCUGGAUGACGGUGCUUUCAUCAAGGACUACGAGGAUAGCUCCAAGAAAGAGAUCAGCCAGGCCGUGCAAGUGACUGUGACCAACGUCGUACACGACGAUGCUCGCUUCCUCGAGUCCCCCGCCAGACCGAUCCGCGAGGAAUACCCAGAUAAGACCAGGAUCUUUUUCUUGGGCGCCAACGCAUACGGUACCCCGGCUCAUGUCGUUGGCAGCACCAACGCCUCGCUUGCCAUCGAGGUGGCUUUCUUUCCUAACCAGGCUAAAGAGAACGCAUACUUGCGCGACCUCGUAAGCAAGCGUGCUCGUGUUAACUAUUUCCCCUCCUAUCAGGUCGCCAAAAAGUGUGGUAUCAGUUCGCUGGCUCUUUCCAAGCUCGCUUCGAGCAUGAUGUUCGCCUGGAAGGAUCAGAAAGUCAACGUUGGUCUCCGACUCAAGUUUGAGAGCAAAGGUGAAAAGGUGCUCGGAUAUUCGCGCAGGACGGCUGUCGGAUGGGAAUAUUCGGAAAAGUCGCUCGAGUUGGUGAAGGAAUACGUGCAGACGUUCCCAGAGAUCACCAACAUGCUCAGUCAAAACUCUAGCGUCGACAUCACACGUGCCACGCAGAUCUGGGACGAGUCGGUUGUCGACGAAAAGAUGGCGCAGCUGAAGGAAUGGCUCAAGGUCAAGGGCGUGCGCGACCUGGAGACGGUGCCGUUGUACGCUGAGCAGCUGUCGAAAGAGACGGUGCAGACCAUCGAGGCGUUCACCUCUCGUCUUGUUGACACGCGCACUGCCAUCGGUGCCGCCGGUCAGGUUAAGCGUGUGUUUAUAAAGGGCAUUCCGCGUACCGCGCUUCUGAAGCCCAGCCAUGCUCCCUUCCGUUUGCAGGCGCAGAGGUUCGAGCUUGGUGACCGUGUCAUCAUGGUGCAAGACAGCGGCAACGUGCCACUCUCGGCGCGAGGUGUGGUUGUUGGCAUCAAUAGCAACUCGCUCGAGGUGGUAUUCGAUGUGCCUUUCCUCAGCGGCACCACGCUUGGCGAUCGAUGCUCUCCUUACAAGGGUGCUACCGUUUCGUUUGUUAGUGUGCUCAACCUGACGCAGCCUCAAUUUGUCUGCGCUGGCACUGCUGGUGAGAGCGACACGAGCGCCUCGGUGGGUAGCGCUCUCGAGAGGACGCUUGGACCGAUCGGUGGCACCGGCACUGGGCAGGCCAAUGGCAACGGCAAAGGUGCUCACGGCUACGGAGCUGGUAACAGCUCUUACCGGCCCCCAAAUGCGUUCAGGCCCAGUGCCUCCGCAGAUCAUGGCCGAGGUGGCAGCACACAGAUCCUGCAGCGACCUCGCCAGCCAUACGCUCCUGUCUCGCAAGAUAUCGCCUUCUCCGGCGUCGCACGCGGUUUGCACAAACCUACGCUGGCGGCUGCCUCGGCGAAUCAGGUUGAAGAAAUCAACCCUAUCAUGGCCGCUCUUGGAAUCCGACAGCCCAUCAACAGCAAUGCACCUGCUCGUGGAGCUGCACGUGGUGUCGCUCGACCCGCUCGACCCGCUCGCCCGCACUUUGUGAACCAAGCGCAGCAGCCUGUUGUCCCAGCUGGGGCUGCGACAAGUGCUCCGGCACAUGCAGGUGGACGUGGUGGGCGAGGCGGCGGCACUAGUCGCGGGCGUGGUGCUCCAGUUUCGCGUGGCGCUCCAGUUUCGCGUGGCGCUCCAGCUUCGCGUGGCGCUCGUGGUGGCCGCGGAGGGGCUGCUGACCCGUAA